GCAGCUGCCGCCGCCGCCGCCGCCGCCGCCGCCGCCUGCGCCUCUACCGCCGCUGCCGCCGCGUUUGGGUGUAGAAUUUGGAAUUCCUGAGCCUCGUUAACAAUGAAGCAGAGUUCGAACGUGCCGGCUUUCCUCAGCAAGCUGUGGACGCUUGUAGAGGAAACUCACACCAACGAGUUUAUCACCUGGAGUCAGAAUGGCCAGAGUUUUCUGGUUUUGGAUGAACAAAGAUUUGCAAAAGAAAUUCUUCCCAAAUACUUCAAGCACAAUAACAUGGCAAGCUUUGUGAGGCAACUGAAUAUGUAUGGUUUUCGUAAAGUAGUACAUAUUGAUUCUGGAAUUGUGAAGCAGGAACGAGAUGGUCCUGUUGAAUUUCAACAUCCUUACUUCAAACAAGGCCAGGAUGACUUACUGGAGAACAUUAAAAGGAAGGUUUCAUCUUCAAAACCAGAAGAAAAUAAAAUUCGUCAGGAAGAUUUAACAAAAAUUAUAAGUAGUGCUCAAAAGGUUCAAAUAAAGCAAGAAACAAUUGAGUCCAGGCUUUCUGAAUUAAAAAGUGAGAAUGAGUCCCUUUGGAAGGAGGUGUCUGAAUUACGAGCAAAACAUGCACAACAGCAACAAGUUAUUCGAAAGAUUGUCCAGUUUAUUGUUACAUUGGUUCAGAAUAACCAACUUGUGAGUUUAAAACGUAAAAGGCCUCUACUUCUGAACACUAAUGGGGCCCAAAAGAAGAAUUUGUUCCAGCACAUAGUAAAAGAACCAGCUGAUAAUCACCAUCAUAAAGUUCCACACAGUAGGACUGAAGGUUUAAAGUCAAGGGAGCGGAUUUCAGAUGAUAUCAUUAUUUAUGAUGUUACUGAUGAUAAUGCAGAUGAAGAAAAUAUCCCAGUUAUUCCAGAAACUAAUGAGGAUGUUAUAUCUGAUCCCUCCAACUGUAGCCAGUACCCUGAUAUUGUCAUUGUUGAAGAUGACAAUGAAGAUGAAUAUGCACCUGUCAUCCAAAGCGGAGACCAGAGUGAACCGGCUGGAGACUCCCUGAGUUCAGGCAGUGAUGGCUCCAGCCCUCUCAUGUCUAGUGCUGUCCAGCUCAACGGCCCAUCUAGCCUGACCACAGAAGACCCCGUGACCAUGAUGGAUUCCAUUCUAAAUGAUAACAUCAACCUUCUAGGAAAGGUUGAACUGUUGGAUUAUCUUGACAGUAUUGAUUGCAGUUUAGAGGACUUCCAAGCCAUGCUGUCAGGAAGACAGUUUAGCAUAGACCCAGAUCUCCUGGUUGAUCUUUUCACUAGUUCUGUGCAGAUGAAUCCCACAGAUUACAUCAAUAAUACAAAAUCUGAGAAUAAAGGAUUAGAAACCAAGAACAAUGUAGUUCAGCCAGUUUCAGAAGAGGGAAGAAAACCUAAACCCAAAACAGAUAAGCAGCUUAUCCAGUACACUGCUUUUCCACUUCUUGCAUUCCUCGAUGGGAACCCUGCUUCUUCUGUUGAACAGGGGAGUACCGCAUCGUCAGAAGUUAUGUCCUCUGUAGAUAAACCCAUAGAAGUUGAUGAGCUUCUGGACAGCAGCUUGGACCCAGAACCAACCCAAACUUGAUGCAGAGGAGUAUGUGGCUUCUGAGUAUACACACGAGGAGGAGGAAACUUGGCUUCCUGGAUCAGCGCUUAAAGGAGAGCCACCCAUCAAUCCUGGAUAUUCCUUUAGACUUCAGGUGAGGGGGGAGCAAACCUUUAUUGUGUUCCGCCUCUGAAUUUUGGGGGAUUGAUCUGUUAAGAGAUUUCACUGUUCACUAAUAUAGUUUAAAUUUUGAACUGUUAACAUAAAAACUAAAAUUUUAUCAGAAAUACAUUUUUGUGGGGUGAACAGAUCUCAGGGAUUUUUUUCCCAAAAUGUUUUAUUAUCUGGGGAUACGUUUAUAAUAUCAAUAUAUUAAGAGCAUCCAUUUGUUUUUAUUAAGUCCUAAGAAACUUUUAAUACAAAAAAAGAGAUGAAAAUAGGAAUUUUGUUAGCAAUGUUACCAAAUAUGAAGUCCUUCAGAUUUCACUUAAGUAUUUAAAAAAUUUUAUUAGCUGGCAAUUUAAUUAGAUCAUCCUUAUUAUUUCAGUGAAAGAAAUGUAAAUCAUCUGAAUUGCAAAGGAUUUUAUAAACAAGUGUCAUUCUUUUACCAGUAUUUAAAAUUGUCUCUGCUUGGGUGUUUAGCAAGUUUAUCUGAAGUGCCUUGGUAUUAAGAUUCAGGAUGAAUUAAGAGGAGUAAUUGAUUUGUUUCAAGUGUGAAAAGAGUAAUUGUUAAAAGGGAUGAUACCUUGUCCUGAGACAUCUUUUCAAGCACAUCACUUUAGGAAAAUGUACACAUGGAAAUUGAAGACCUGGAAACUGCUUCCUUUCAAAAUAACAUAAACUUGUGUUUACUGCGAAAAGUCUCUGUGUGUUUUGUGGAAAACAGCACAGUAUGAUUUAGAGGUACGUACCCCUCAUCUUCAUACCACCCCCAAGUUUCUUUGCCUCAGUUGGGAUACAAGUAAGCUCAUAGGAGAGCUAGUGACUUAGAGAUAAAUGUUCUUGUAGGGGUGUUUGACUAUGCGCUGCCGGCUCCUCUGAUAGCUCAGCUGGUAAAGAAUCCCCCUGCAGUGCUGGGUUCGAUCCUUGGGUUGGGAAGAUCCCCUGGAGAAGGGAACGGCUAGCCACUCCAGUAUUCUGGCCUGGAGAAUUCCAUGGGCUGUAUAGUCCAUGGGGUCACAAAGAGUCAAACACGACUGAGUGACUUUCACUAUGUGCUUCAUAGGGUUGGUAUACUCAGUUCAGAAGCUGAAGUGUGAGAACAGAAGGUCCACAGGCUGGGAAGAUGACCAGAUGACACUCAUGAUAAACAUACAUAAAAUGCUACAUUUGAGAAUUAGCACCUACAUGAAAUAACAAGCAUAGGUAAAACUACUUUGAGAAUCCGUUGAAGAUUAGGUCAUAGAGUAAAUUUCAAGAAAUGGCUUUCAGAGAAACUACAAUACACAUAAGCUAGACCUUGACAGUUUUAAGCAGUACUGGCUUGAUACUUUGUAGUGUCCCUCAAUUUGGGGUCACUUUUUGUUUCUUCCCAUAAUUAGAUGGGAUUAUGAAUCUUAGGGAAGAUCAUGUUAAGUGCCAUUUUCAGUACAUGAUAGGUGCAUGCUAUCAACC